AGAAGAAGCGCAAGAAAUCGCCCUGGAUAAUUUCACAUUUGCCACAGAACUGGAUGCUUCGUCUUCGCCACCUACUAUUCCUACCUCGGAUAAGAAGCAUUUUAUUAUUACCACAACUGCUACUGGCACCGAAGGCGCAACAACAACUCGAAAAACAGAUCGGCGUGCCGGCCUUGCUGCGAAAACCCAAGGGCUCAAAGAAGAGCGCGGGGGCCAUCCUCCUUCUGCGACUAUUUCUUCCAAUGGGUCAUGCAAGAGGAAGAAUGCCCAAGCUAAAAAGCGCAGGAGGGAUCGGAAGCGGCAGAAGACCGGCCAAUAUUAAAGGCGAUCGGCGGUCCAAUGGGUACAGACCACUGAUGGGAUAUUUGGAAGCUAUGGGCGCACUCUACAUAUUAUACUCCUGCAAUGUCUGGCCUAAUUUGGUAGAAAUCUCAAGUCUUUACCUUACCUUUUUAGUUCCUCCGUCGUUACUGUCUGUCAUCGCUGUGCCUGUCUGGAUUUGUGUAACAGGCUUAACUCCCUAUCAAUCUAUCCAUUCGCUCAUACCUAUUUCCGGCCUGUCCCAUUCACGCUUUAGGCUGGAAAUAAUACCUGGUUUCAGGCGGUGGGAGAGAGGAAAACGAGGGCCCAAUCCGUGGUGACCUGCUCAACUGAUAUUUGGAAGAUAUUAGAGAAACUAUUGCAUCCAAUUUAGGUGGUAUCUUACAGUGAGGGUACGGAGGGGCAGCUGGCAUUGAAACCUCAAUCAGGC